AUGAACUGGACCGGAGGCCGUUUGCACCGAUCCUCAUAUAAGAUGAAGUCAUCGGCCAAACACAUUGGGAAACAGCGUGUUGCUCAGGCCAAAACACAAGUAUUAGAUCGGUAUGGAGAUGCUGUAUCGCCUAAGGUUGCUGCUGUGGUAAUAGGCAGAGAAAAAAGCUGCGAUGAUGGACCCCCUAGCACGAUUGGCGUGCUUUGUGCAAGCACCCAUAAAGGAAAACGCUCCACAUCACCAUAUAUCGAAGGCCUUCGACGAAAACGAUGCCGUCACUACCAGAUACUGGAUUCUCCCUCAGUUGGAGUUGAUGAGAUGAGGAAGAAGCUACUUGAUAAGAAAGACUGGGCCUGCCUUAGCCCAUCACGGCCAUAUCGGCUACCCAUAGGGCGCGACCACGACGCAGGUCAAGUUGAAAAAAGGCAGUCCUUAUUACAUAUGAGUAGCCCUAGUCGGUGUGUUCCUCAGCAAGAUCUUCCUUCUCUUCCAACUAAAGGGCAGAAGACAAAGACAGUUUACCCAUACCCUACUCAGCUACGUUCUGAUGAUAUUGAGGUAUGGAUUGAGCAAAAAAAAGGAGUCACUCAACCUGAGACUCCCUACACUAGAAAACACACGGUUACCCAGGAAUUCAUGGAGCCAAUGUUGUCUGGUAGUAACCCAAGCGGAGAUAGUGCGAAUCCUAUACAUCAGUCAGACGCCAAUAUCUCGCAGUAUACUUCUUAUGGUAUCCAUGAGCAGUACGAAUUAGGUAAACGGGCGGAAAACUCUCCAAGCCCAGACCUAUCAGGCCUACCCAUUCUAGAUCGUCGAGGCUCGUUUGCUAUAGUUGACGGCCAGACACGAUAUGUCCCACCAUCGCCAUGUAAACCCCCGAGUUCGGGGUUUCCAGGAGACAAUGGUGGCAUGGGACUAUCCAGGGAUGUAAUUGAGCCCUACAAUUGGAGAAGAACAGGGCCAUACCAUUAUCAAAGAAAUGAAGCCCAAGAUGUACGUCCGAAGAGUCUUGAAUGGAGCGAAGUAGCAGGCAAUGUCACAGAACAUUCUUCGAAAUAUUCGCGGGGCGACAAUUCUGCCGUGGUGCAGCAGAGGGAAGCCAUUCACAGCAUGGAACAGCCUAGGAUAGGGUGUUGGGAAACACCCUCUUCUGAUCAGGACCCCUUUUGGCCAAACAUUUUCCGUCACCGUUGA